GUCACCACGAGCCGCAAAGCUGCUGUCCACGUGGACUGGUGCUGAAAUCUCCCGCCCGGCUGCUGCCAGAGCCUCGCCAGCGAAACCCAGAGACAUGGCCACCAACGGAACCAAAGUGGCCGAUGGACAGAUCUCCACGGAAGUCGAUGCUUCAAUCACCAAUGACAAGCCUAAAACCUUGGUAGUAAAAGUGCAGAAGAAGAAGGCAGAUCUUCCAGACCGAGACACUUGGAAAGGAAAAUUUGACUUUCUUAUGUCCUGUGUAGGUUAUGCCAUUGGCUUAGGGAAUGUGUGGCGAUUUCCAUACCUUUGUGGCAAGAAUGGUGGAGGUGCAUUCCUGAUUCCCUAUUUUCUUACUUUAAUUUUUGCUGGAGUGCCACUGUUUCUUUUGGAGUGUUCCCUUGGUCAAUAUACAUCUAUAGGAGGCCUUGGAGUGUGGAAACUUGCUCCAAUGUUCAAAGGUGUGGGACUAGCUGCUGCAGUCCUUUCCUUUUGGCUAAAUAUUUACUACAUUGUGAUUAUUUCGUGGGCCAUAUACUACCUGUAUAAUUCCUUUACAACUACUCUUCCUUGGAAACACUGUGAGAACCCAUGGAACACCGACCACUGCUUCUCCAACUAUAGCUUAGCAAACACCACCAACAUGACAAGUGCCGUGAUGGAAUUCUGGGAACGCAACAUGCACCAAAUGACUGAUGGAUUGGAAAAACCAGGGCAAAUCCGAUGGCCACUAGCGAUUACUCUAGCAAUUGCCUGGAUUCUGGUGUAUUUUUGUAUCUGGAAGGGGGUAGGCUGGACUGGAAAGGUGGUAUAUUUCUCUGCUACUUAUCCCUAUGUCAUGCUGCUUAUCUUGUUCUUCCGUGGUGUAACACUGCCUGGAGCAAAGGAAGGCAUUUUAUUCUAUAUAACUCCCAACUUCAGUAAGCUUUCAGACUCUGAGGUUUGGCUGGAUGCUGCCACACAGAUUUUCUUCUCCUAUGGGUUGGGUCUUGGUUCACUGAUUGCCCUUGGAAGUUACAACCCUUUCCACAAUAAUGUUUACAGGGACUCCAUCAUAGUGUGCUGCAUAAACUCAUGCACAAGCAUGUUUGCUGGCUUUGUCAUCUUCUCCAUUGUUGGAUUCAUGGCUAAUGUCACCAAGAGGCCUAUUGCAGAUGUUGCAGCAUCAGGCCCUGGACUGGCAUUUCUGGCUUAUCCAGAAGCAGUGACACAGUUACCAAUUUCUCCUUUGUGGGCAAUACUGUUCUUCUCCAUGUUGCUCAUGCUUGGAAUUGACAGUCAGUUCUGCACUGUGGAAGGAUUCAUCACAGCUUUGGUGGACGAAUUUCCGAGGUUACUGCGCAAUCGGAGAGAAAUCUUCAUUGCCGUUGUGUGCAUUGUGUCCUAUCUGAUAGGGCUGUCCAACAUCACUCAGGGUGGAAUCUAUGUGUUUAAGCUUUUUGACUACUACUCUGCCAGUGGAAUGAGUCUCUUGUUCCUUGUAUUCUUUGAGUGCAUCUCGAUAUCCUGGUGCUAUGGUGUUAACAGAUUUUAUGACAACAUCCAAGAGAUGGUGGGAUACAGACCCUGCAUCUGGUGGAAACUCUGCUGGUCGUUUUUCACUCCUAUCAUUGUGGCAGGAGUGUUUAUCUUCAGUGCUGUCCAAAUGACUCCCCUCACGAUGGGAAGUUAUGUUUUCCCUAAAUGGGGCCAAGGGGUUGGCUGGUUCAUGGCUUUGUCUUCUAUGGUGCUGAUACCAGGCUACAUGGCAUAUAUGUUUCUAACCCUGAAAGGCUCCUUAAAACAGCGCAUCCAAGUGAUGAUUCAGCCAAGUGAAGACAUCACUCACCCUGAGAACGGGCCAGACCAGGCUCAACAGAGCAACUCUGCUAACAAAGAAGCUUACAUCUAAACUUCUCUAUUGUAAAAGUACCACUCCUACUCCAGAAAAACAAAAAAUAUGGUUGAAUAUGACCACAAAUUUAUGUCUGAGAAUAUAAUUACCUACCUCUAGUGGCAAAAAAAAAAAAAAAAAGAAAAAAAAUAAGAAAAAAAAAAGAAAAAAGGUCAUCUCCACUCCAAGGGAAUCGCCAGGGCUUCGAUCCGGCCGGCGCGCCAGCUCACGUGUUGACAGUGUUUUGUGUUCUCCAGCAAUCCACAGACUGUUAAUGUUUUUAUCCUUCCACAAUAAUAGUUGCAUAUCUUGGAAUUUGUAAAUUGAUGUGCCAAGACCUUUUUAAUCUACCUUUUAGCACGACUAUUUGAAGUUUUGUGCUGCUGAUUUUUAGUAGUUUAUCACUAUUUCUUACCGCUGAAUCCCAAGACUGUUAUUUCUGACUUUGCAGGAGUAAAAUUAAGUUUGGAAUUGUUUUGUACAAAAGAAUGAAGCAUUUUGUAAACAAGUGAUUUCCAGUGAAAAAGUCUGCCCUUAAAAUUUGUUCCAGCUGAGGCCAUUUGAGGGGUAAGAGCCUUCCUUCAAUUAACAGCAGCCACAGCCUUUACAAACAUUCCUAGUGCAAACUGAGUGUGCUGUGGCCGUGCAGCACAGGCUGCUGUGCACACUGGCUCUGCUCUGCCUUUCAGGGUGACUUGCACAUCAAGUCAUAAAUUUCUUUAAAAAUACAUCUAGUGUUUUUUAUCAAACAAAGAUCUCUGUGAAUCACUGCCACACGAAUCGCAGGUCUUAGGGGCAUAAAUAUGACUUUUAACUUUUUUAGCACAGUAAUAUCCAAGAGCUCUUACAGAUUCCCAGGAGUAAUAUGCGAAGGAGUUGCAAUUGAAGCUCUGAGUGCUUGAGCUUUUCUUAUUCUAUGAUUAUUCUACUAUUAUUGCAUUGCCACCAAAA